CCGCAUUUAUAUACCAACCCUAUUUUUUUGAGAGAACCAUGUAUCACCCCGAAUAAAACAAAUUCAUUCAGUUCAAAUCCAACCAAGCCCAGUCCAACUACCCCAUGCGAUGUCCGAAUUUCCAAUGAACCCAACCCUAAAUUUAACCUAUAUAAAUUGUCCUUUCCAUUGCGCCGUUUCAUUGAUUCUCCGUACACAACAUUCAGAAGAUCAUCGAUUAAUCCGAUGGCCUCUCAUACCGUCGUUUCAUUGUUCGCUAUCCUUCGAUGAUUAUUAGCCCCCAUUCAACACUACAUAUGUUGAAAUCGUGAAAUCAGUGACAUUCGGUUUAGGUGCUUCCUUAUCCGACCCUUGGAGGUGGCCGAAGAGAUUUCUACGGUGACUGAAGUAAUUCCUUAUCAGAUCAGUGAAAUUUCUCAGACCAUGUGUUCACUCUUCUCUCGAUUUGGCUAUAUCCUUUACAUCUCUGCCCUUGACUUAAUUUUUUAUACGGUUAUAAAUUACUAUUUUUCUCUUAUUUUUGAUUUUGUGUGCAUAUCCUUGGUUUCUAUCAGUUAUUAGAUUGGUUUGAUGUUGGUGUGUUUCUUUUCUUUAAACAAUGGAGGUUGUUUUAUCUUUGCUGCUUGUUCAAUGUGUUUGAAGUAUUUAAGCAUAGGCAAAAGGGUUUACACGAUUUGCUCAGUUAGUCUAUUUCGGUCUAUCCUUUUUGGUAGACAUUGACUAUUUUUUGGUAGUUGUAGUCCGUUCCAAUUAAAACUUCUAAUUUCCCUUUUUAUUAAAAAAUUUGUUGUUCACAACAUUUCUUACACAUUUCUCUCUACUAUGCAGAAUUCUCCACCACAUAAUACUCACUAUCUUAAAUUGUGUGCCGACCCAAUUUGGAAGAUAAAAUAGGAACGGAGGGAGUACUCCGUAUAUAAUUCAAAAAGAGUGAAACAAUCGUACUGCAGUCUUUGUGAUAAAGAAACUUGUAGCACAAAAAUGUCACAAGCCUUAUAUACUCACUCUACAACUUUUUCGAGUGCGCUACCUAACACUUCAAAAGUUCAUUAAAUGAGGUCUGAAAAGUUGUACCCCUUAUUCUAUUUCUUAUGGAACAUUAUUAUCUAUCUGUUGGUUGAUUAACUUACUUUUUUAUUAUUACACAAUUUAACAUUACACAAUUUAACAUGUAAAAUCAAAAAUUAAGUGUUAGGUUUAAAAACUAGCUUAUAAACCUGAAAAGCCGGACUCUUAAGAUGUCACUUUUUUGUCCACCAUCAUUAUUUUUUAUUUUAAUCAUAACUAUGUAAUUAUUUAAUCUGAAUGAAUUGGCUGAAUCUACAUAAAUUGAUCAAGGCUAUGGUUGGCGAUGCAUUUCAGCCAAUUAUGGGCUGAAAUUUCUUUAUUUCAGCUAAUAAUUACUUAAGUAGCCCUGUUUGGAGGCCUGUCUAAACCAGGCUGAAAGUGAAAAAACCGGGCUGAAUCAAUCUGAGAUACUUUGGUGGCAAACAGGGCCAUCUUCAACAAUUUCCUUCUCUACUAUAAUCACCUCUUCCGACCAGAUAUUUUUCAUCUCAAUUAGUUGUUGUAAGGUACAAUUUCACACUUCAAAAACAUUCUCAAAUUUGAUGCACUUAUAUCAUUUAAUGUUUUAAUUUUAUUUCCUUUCCUUUCACUGUAGGUUUUGGCUUCAUGUCCCCAUGCCCUGUAUUUUCUUUUAUGCUAUUAAUAAAAUUUCUUUUGUUAAAAAAAAAGAGGUACAAAUUCACAUGUCGAGCCAAUCAACCAAUUAACUUCUAAUUUUCUUAAGUGUUAUAACCUGUAGUUGUUCCGGCAGUAAUCGUUUUCAAACAAAUUAAAGAAAAUAUCAUAUAAUAUGUACUUCGUAUCAAUGAAAUUUUGCAAAGGAGUUUGUAAUAUUACUAAUAUCCAUUGUUUUAGGUCAAUUUAGAAUAGGAAAAUUCCAAGAAAAGUAAUAAAGAAAAUCGAGGAGAUCAAAAAAUUGCUUCUGCAUAAUAACAGGUACAUCUAAUGGAAGUAAUCUGAUGGAGACCGAGCACACAUACAUAUAUUAAACAGUUCGUAUACUGUGGGACGAUGGAGAAAGAGACAAGGAAAAGUGCAUUGAGAAAAAUGAAAAAAUAGGGGUUGAAAAACCACAAACUGCUGCUGCCCAGGGGUCUUACCCGACCGGGUUAACCUCUUAUCCGACCGGGUCUCUUGCCCAGACAGCUACUGCCACUGCCCAGGAGCUCCAAACUGCCCCUCACCUGCCCGGGGGUACGAAUGACCCGACCGGGCCUUCUGCCCAGGGGUAGAAAUUUUGGCCCAAACAGUGGGUAUGCGAAUGGAACAUGAGGCUUCUGAAGAUGACGACGAUGAAGUCUUUUUGGAAGACAACGAAAUCGUAGUAAUGCAUGAGACCGAGUUGCAUCAAGACGAUGUAGUAACCAAAUGUGAGGUGAUGAAUGGAAAGAAGUUCAGGUUAUUUGUUAAACCGUUUAAAUGUGUGGAAGUUAGUGUGAUUAGAGUGGACUCUUUUCUUCGACUUACGGAUGACUUGGACAAAAAAGGCCUAACUUUCACCACCGAAUGUCUAGAGAGAUUACCGGGAGUUAAAAAGAAAAAAGGGGAGGUUUGCUUUGUCUCAAAGUUUACUACUCCCUUCCGACUUUUCUUUGGAUGUUAAGGUAGGAACACCUAUUUUGUGUUGUGCUAGGUUUGCUGGAUUGUUUUGUUCCUGUUUGUGAUUUGCGUUCAAAAUGUUGAUUGUGUGAGCGUGAGUUUUGAUUUUGUGGUAUCCCGGGUUAUGGGAUAUGCACCUUGAUUGUACACGUGAAGCAUUGUAUUAUGCUAUUUUUCUGGAUAUAUAUACUUACAUUUUAUCCAAAAAAAGAAAAAAGAAAACAACGCAGUUUGAACAAUUUUUAAUUAAAAAUUUUC